CCGCCCGCCCGCCGCCGCGCACACACGGCCGGAGCCGCUGACGGCGCCUACUCGGGGCUCGCCGCGCUCCGACCCGCCGCCCGGCAGCGGCGCCGCACAAAGGAGCGGAGCGGGAGCUGGAGGAGGGAGCGGCGCGCACGGCGCUCGGAGCCGCGCUCGGUGGCACUGCCCGGAGAUGUCGGGGGUGCUGGUAAUCGCUGCCUGGUGCUUCCUGCAAGUGGAGAGCCGGCAUCCCGAGAUCAUCACGAGUAACAGCAACCACGGGAAUUUCCUGGACAACGACAAAUGGCUGAGCACCGUUUCGCAGUACGAUAAAGACAAGUACUGGAACAAAUUCCGGGAUGAUGAUUAUUUCAGAAACUGGAAUCCAAACAAGCCUUUUGAUCAAGCCCUUGAUCCAUCCAAAGAUCCGUGUUUGAAGGUGAAGUGCAGCCCACAUAAAGUAUGUGUCACUCAUGACUAUGAAACUGCGAUUUGUGUAAGCCGCAAGCAGCUGGUGCACAGCCUUCGACAAAAGAAAGGAAACUUGGCCCAGAAGCACUGGACUGCACCAGCUAACAUCGUGAAAUGCAAGCCCUGCCCCGUGACACACACCAGCGCUGUCUGUGGAUCUGAUGGACAUACAUACACUACCAAGUGCAAGUUGGAGUUUCACGCAUGUACUUCUGGCAAAACCAUCACAGCUCAAUGCGAAGGGCCCUGCCCCUGCCUUCCCGGACCUGAAAGUUCAAAACACAAGACAGAGAAGACUGCUUGCACAGACAAAGAACUGAGGAACCUCGCUUCACGACUAAAAGACUGGUUUGGCGCUUUGCAUGAGGACGCAAAUCGUGUCAUCAAACCGACCAGCUCAGAGACGGCACAAGGCAGAUUUGACACCAGCAUACUACCAAUCUGUAAGGAUUCCUUAGGCUGGAUGUUCAACAAACUUGACAUGAACUAUGACCUGCUGCUGGACCCCUCGGAGAUCAGUGCCAUUUAUCUGGACAAGUAUGAGCCAUGCGUCAAGCCUCUCUUCAACUCCUGCGACUCCUUCAAAGACGGAAAGCUUUCCAACAACGAGUGGUGCUACUGCUUCCAGAAGCCGGGCGGUCUUCCUUGCCAGAAUGAAAUGAAUAGAAUUCAAAAGCUAAGUAGAGGGAAGAGUCUGUUGGGUGCUUUCAUCCCACGGUGCAAUGAAGAAGGUUAUUACAAAGCCACUCAGUGCCAUGGCAGCACAGGGCAGUGCUGGUGUGUUGAUAAGUAUGGGAACGAGAUCGCCGGCUCAAGAAAGCAAGGAACAGUCAGUUGUGAAGAAGAGCAAGAAACCUCAGGGGAUUUUGGCAGUGGUGGAUCUGUUGUACUGUUGGAUGAUUUGGAAGAGGAACCUGAAGCAGCAAAAAAAGACAAAGAAGGGAAGCUGAAGAUUCAUGUAAGAGCAGCUAAUGAAGAUGAUGAAGAUGAAGAUGAUGAUAAGGAUGAUGAAAUUGGCUAUAUAUGGUAGUGCCCAUCAUAAUGAGGACUCACGUUUUGCACAAUAUUGCAAAUCACAUCAUAUCUCUGCAAUUGUAUCUGAGAGUACCUGGCACAAAUAUUCCCUCUCUACCGAGUUUAAUUUUGUAUAGUCUAUUUAAUUUGGAAGACAACUGGUUUUUUUUCCAGCAAGGACUGUUUGAAUACAGCUUUCAUUCAGUUGGUUUGGGGGAUUUUUGUUCUAUCCACGGGGCAAUGAGUUUUGUUUUAGAAACAUUUCAUAUCUUAAUCCUCACACAGCUUAUGAAAUACAUCCUGUGAAAGAAGAAUGCAGAAGGGGCUCAACAAACCACUAAAAGGCUUAGAAGCCCUUCUCAUGUUAGAGAAUUUGUGUCAUAUCAGAAACAGUUUUUUUCUUUCAUGAAGAAAGAGAAGUAGGUGCCUCAUUUUUUAGUCCCUAUUAGAACUAGUUGUGUUCCAGUAAAGAGUAAGUCUCUUUGGAUAGUGACUUCUGGCUGCCCAGCACCGGGCGUUUCAUCCAGAAGUCCCACCGGGGUGCAGAUCAGCUCACUGACACUAUUUGCUUACAGAACAUGACCUUGAUCCUAAGAGAUGCUGAGAACCUGCAAUUCUUAUGGACCCAGCCCUACAAGCAGGGAACAGAAUCCACCUGCCUUUCAGGGCGUUUAAGGAAAGAGUGUUUUAUGGAUUUGUAGCAUCGUAACCACCUCCAUAGUUAUUCCUCAGCUUCUGUUGGAACUCGUUUGCACUGAGAGUGGCACUGGCAUCGCACAGGCAGCCUCUUCCUCCUGCCACACACUAGGGAUCUGCCUGUUCUUCAUUUACUCUUAGCAAUCCUUCAUUCCGAAGUUACAAAGCUGUCAAAGACAUUAACCAUCAGAAGUGAUAAGCUGUCGUUCCUUUAAUUGAAGUAGUUCAUAUUUAUUUGGCCUGUUUAAAAAAGCAACUUUAGGUGGUCAUGUUUCAAAAGCAUAACCCAUUUGCUCCGUGUGACAAGCUGCACACUCAUGAUACACACACAUAAAAGAGAACGGUAUUAAAAUACAAUCUGUGAUUCCCUCAGCAUCUCCCAUGUAUUGAUGGCUCUUCAAUUAUGUCACAGCAUAUUGAAAUUAAAUUAUUUGCUGUUCCUUUCCUGUUGCAGUUCUCUGAUGCACUAAUGUACUGUGGUGACCUUUUUUUUGGUUUUGCUGUUUUCAGAAACAGUAAGAGGUACCUUAACCCCACUCUUGCAUUAGGAUGCAGAUGUAUUUCAGCAGUGCCUGUGAUUUGCCUGUGAGUUAUUUUGCAGAAUGAAAAAUGUGCUUAUUACACAAGAAACUAAUUAGAUUGAUUUUUUUCCCCCUCUGAGUUAGUUUUGGAUAUAGAGGUGGAAACAGUAUGGAGUUAAAACAUGGCUGGUUACGUAUUCACUCAAAAGCAGGAAAAUACUGUGCUGGUGGACAGAAGUCAAUUUUUUAGGGACACUGGCCCAAGGGCUAUGGUCCUCAGCCCCUCUCUAAAGCCAAUGCCCCCCUCCCCCUCUGUGCUGGAGGACCUCUGCUUUCAGACACGAUCAGAAGAGCAAUACAGAAGAGGAACUCCUUUCAGACACCGUGUGUUGCAGGAGCUUAGUUGUUUUCUCCUCUUUCAUUUCCUAUUUGUCUUGAUCAAUGACCUGAGAACAAAGAGCAAGCCUGCAUAAUUGUUAUUAAUGCAGAAGGAUGUGUAAAAUCAUGAGGAAUUUGUUGUGUGUUGUUUCACACCCCACAUCCUCCCAAAAAUUUGCCAUCACAAUCAUUUGCAAAAGGUCUACAAUCCGUCCUGCCUCAAAUCCCUUUGGUUUUCUUACAGCCUUUGAAAAUUUAUUGUAAAAUUGUUGUCCAUGAGCUGCACAGCACACAUACACACACACACACACAUGCCUUUUCUACUUGUCUUUCAUAGAAAAUUGUGGAAAAUUGUGCUGACUUGCAAGAGGAACAUCUACAAGCAGCAUUUCUGUUUCCCUAAAUAGUAUAGUUUUGUGAGAAGCAAUUGAACACCAGCGGUAGCUUGCUUCUCAGAGGUUGUGGCUGGUUUCCUUAUGGUAUGUUAUUAAUUAAACCCGUACUGUCUGGGUCUAGCUCUGCUGUCCUGUGCAGGACCUGCCUAAGGCACAGAGCUGACAUUUCACUCCGACAUAAAGCUGAGGUCUGUAAUCAGUAGAGUUACACUUACCCUCCUGACUGGGCUCAUUCUCCACACACAACUAGGUGUUUUUCUGCAGUCCCGUGUCCCUUUGCAGCGGCUUGCCCUGGACCUACACCUCACUCCAAAGGCCACGUAGUAAAUCCCCUCUCCUGCCCAGCACCUCACCGGGGUAAAGUCUAACCGAGCCCUCGCAGGCAGCUCCAGAGUCGAAAGCGGCAGCCCUUCUGUGUCCCAUGCAAACAUGCAAGAUGGUUAGAUAAAAGCUGUUAAAUAAGCCUUUAGAGGUGAAUGUGGGCUUCCUUCAGUUUACAUGAGCUGACAUGCCACCACCAUCCAUUUCGCAGCACCGCUGAGCCUCUCCUAGCUUUAACCUCUCAUACACAGCUAUUCCCGAUCAGAGCUGGCAGGGCUUACAUCUUUCUCUUAAACUAUAAAACAAUUCCUGUUGCUGGGACUCACCAGCACGGACCUGCUGCGGGUCGCGGUGGAGCAGCGUCAUGGCAGCCUGCUGGCCUGCGGUCAGGGUGACACCCCUAGCCAGGGGAUCGGGCAGUCACCUGCUCCACUUGUUCAGCCAUUCUUCUGAAGAAGAGCUAGCGCCGGGGGAAAAACGCCAUGGUAUUGACUGGUUCAGUUGGGUGCGACUACAAGAGAGAGAAAAGGCAGUAGUGUCGGGCCCCGAGGUGUCGCAGCCCAGCCAGGAGCAGGGCAGGCAGGCUCCCGGGCUUGGAAGGGCAGCUCGGACUAGGGAUUGCUUUAAGAGCAAGUUCCCCAGUAUUACAAAGCUAUUUAGCAAAGCCCUUGAGCAUCCUCCAGUGGCUGGAAGAUCUGCAGUCUAUAUAUACCUGUGUAUAUAUGUGUGUCUGUAUAUAUAUGUUUAUACACAUAUGUGUGUGCAUAUGUGUGUUGUGUCCAAUUUGGGAAGAUGCAUUAAGAAAAUGUUUUAUUUCUUUAAAAGAACGCAGUGAUUCUACCAAGAACCAAGAUCUUCCAGAUCAAGCCCCUUCCAUUCUUCAUACUUUGGAAAGAAUUUAAUUUGCUUCCAGCUUAAUUUAACUCCUUUCUUUUUCUUUUUCUUUGUCUUUUUUUUUUUUUUUUUCAAAGCAGUGCUUCCCAUCAGCAUCAAGUCACUGACAUUCCCAACAUUUUCUCAUUGUGAAAAAUGGAAUCAGAGUUGUCCCACCCCUUUCAGAGACACAAACCAAUUUUUAAUCUCAUUUUCUUUUCAUGUUAGAGACUAUGAAAUACUGUUAGGUAUUGCUUUAUGUUUCUUUUAACUACUGUGGUUAAAUCAAAAUCUUGAGUUCAGGUUUCAGCACAGUUGGGUUUUUUGGGUCAUUACUGGCCUUCGCUGUGAACACAAAGAAUCCUUUUCCUUUUCUUUGCUUUUUUUUUAAGCUAUUCUGUACUAUUAUUUUAAACCAUUUGAAGUGUUUAUUUAAUAUUUAUUCUACAGUUUAUAUUGAAAAUGUAAAGUUUAUAUUUAAAACAACACUGUUUGUUAGUGAAUGCUUCUCUUUGCCUCUCCAGCCUAGUCUGUUAGUCUCGGUGUACAUUUCUGGCAUGGGAAUAUUUUGAUAUUAGAAGUUUUGUAGCAUCUUUCCCCUCAAGCAGCAGAUGACAUAGAUCUAAGGUCACCACUUGAUACAGACCAUGAGAUCGCUCAAGCUUAGCUUCCUACAUUUGUUGGCUUUUACUGCAGUCCCUUCUGUAUGCCAUUCAAGUUCCUUUAAUAUAUAGACUGCUUUGUACAGUUACUAUACAUCAAAAAGCCCUUUCUACAGUAGGUGGGUUUUGGUCUUUUUAUACUUUUCUCAAUGCUGUUGAUGUCCGUUACUGUUAAAUGUGUAGAUCUGUAAGGAGAGAUCCAAAUAUUACGUGUUUCAGUUUGAUGUCCCUACUGUAGAUGGAUGUAGACUAUCAUAGUAAGUAGAAUUGCAUAGUAAAUUCUGAAUGCUUUUUCCAUAAGGAGUUAAGUGGAAUGUGAGCAUUUUGCUAACUUUGGUUAACUGUAAAUGCUUAACUGUAGUCUGAAAUAGUUGCAUUUUUGUCCGUCUCAAUAAAUUUUAAUUUGUCUGCGA